CGGUGCUUCUUAUGAUCGACCGUCGACAUCGUCGGACACAAGGAGAGGACGCUCUACGUCCCCAACAAGAUUUAAGAAGGAAUUUUGUCGAAGGUCGCAGUCACAGGGACCGGAUCUACAGGGCAAGAUCGAAGAAUUGGGGAAGACCCUGGCGUGAGUAUCAGAGUUCGUGCAAGCGGAGAUGCAGAAGAAGGCUGAGGAGGAAAGACGUAAGCAAGAGGAGGACGAAGCAAGGGUACGUGCGGAGGAGGAGAAGAUGAAAAGGGAGCGAAAGGCUAAGAAAAAAGCGGAGAAGGCUCGAAAGGAGGAAUUGCGUUUGGCGGAGAUAGACAAAAACGUGGAAGUACAGGUGGCGAUAAAAACCGGCGCAUUCUUCGAUAGCAUCGAGGCGAAUAUCGAGAAGGUGAUUAAAAUGGGAAUUGAAGCGAAGGGUAAGAAGCCCUUGGUGUUUGAACCAGAGCCUAUCGUGAGUUCGGACCAAGAAAGUAGCGAGAGUGCUACGGAGGAGAUACGGGUAAGAACGGGUGUUUUGUCCAUCAAGGAGAAGCGUAAGAGGGGGCCCAAACCAGUCCUUGAGGACAGCCCCCCAAUGCUUACCCCAACGAAGCGUACGGCGAAGAUGAAGAGCCCGGCUCAACCGGGAACGAUCGCGAAGCUACGUUACCGAAAUCAAGUCAUGGAGGAGAUUCGUAGCUUGGACGCCCAAGAAUUGCAGGCUAUGUGACGAAGCGAAGGGAUAGCCUACAACGACAAAAUCGACGUUAUCUUCGACAUCGCAAGUCAUCGCGUACGCAAGCAGUUUGGA